AUGUUCUGCACCCUACUUAACCCAUCAAUUCGUAUUUUCAUCCACUGCUGCGCCACUUCUCCCUCAUACCCUCCCUUCCCCCACCCCCCCCCUCCCCCCCUCCCCCCCUCCCCUUCCUUUACCCAAACUCCCAACACCCCCUCCCCCCCUCUCCCCUCCCAUUCCUUCACCCAAACUCCUAACAACCCCUUCCCCCUCCCCCCUUCCCCCUUUCCCCUGCCCUCCCCCUCUCCCCCUCCCUCGGCCUCGUUCUCUCUCCCUCUCUCUCCGUCGCCCUCUCUCCCCCUCUCCCUCUCUCCCCCUCGCCCUCUCUCCCUCUCUCUCCCUCGCCCACUCUCCCUCUCUCUCCCUCGCCCUCUCUCCCUCUCUCCCUCUCUCUCCCUCUCCCAUUCCACGCCCCCAUUCCUUAGCAUGGCCAUGGGAAGCUUCGUGGCAGAUGCAGGAGGAGGGGGGCCGGUGGUGCGGCUGGGAGGAGCCAGGGGGUUCGCCUUUGGGGGCUCGUCAGAGUCACACGAGCGCACGGUCAUGCGAGGGCGCAAUGAGAUUGCAGAAAUAGCAGAGCGCCUGGCAGUGCGACCUCGAGAGGACAUGAUUGGGUCGGCACACCGCCUGUACCAGCUGGCUCUGAAUCGCAACUUCACCCGAGGAAGGCGAGUGGCACAAGUAGCAGCUGCAUGCCUCUACCUCGCCUGCAGGCAGGAGAAGAAACCGUUCCUGCUCAUUGACUUUGCCGACUUGCUGCAGAUCAACGUGUAUGUACUGGGAGCGGUGUAUCUGCAGCUGCUGCUGGUGCUGCGGCUGGAGAACCACGAGCCGCUGCAGGCACCGCUGGACCCUUCCCUCUUCAUCCACCGAUUCGCCGAUCGCCUCAACUUUGGGCGCAAGAUGCAUGCAGUGGCCAACACGGCUCUGCGCCUCGUAGCCUCCAUGAAGCGAGACUGGAUCCAGACCGGUCGCAAGCCCAAUGGGGUGUGCGGGGCAGCGCUGCUGAUAGCAGCACACAUUCACGGCUUUGAGCGGUCGAAGUCGGAUGUGGUUAGUGGGGGUGGGUGGGUGGAUGAUGGUUGGGUGGAUGGUGGGUGGGUGGAUGGUGGGUGGGUGGAUGGUGGGUGGGUGGAUGGUGGGUGGGAGGAUGGUGGGUGGGAGGAUGGUGGGUGGGAGGAUGGUGGGUGGGUGGAUGGUGGGUGGGACCGUGGGAGGAUGGUGGGUGGGUGGAUGGUGGGUGGGUGGGAGGAUGGUGGGUGGGUGGCUGAUGGGUGGGUUAUUGAUGGGUGGGUGGAUGAUGGGUGGGUGGAUGGUGGGUGGGUUGGUGGAUGGUUAGGAGCGAGGGUGGCAGUGGUGCAUGUGUGCGAGCAGACCGUGCGGCACCGAUUGCAUGAGUUUGAAGGCACAGAGGCAGGCGGACUCACUCCGGAGGAAUUCGAGGAGAAGGGCAAGGAGUGGGACGAACUUCUCUUUUCCGCCCAGCCGCCUACCCCUGCUCUCGCCCCUCCUGCCUCUGCCCUCGCCCCUGCCGCUGCCGCCCUUGCUGCAAAGAGCAAACAUGGGAAGGGGGCAGCAGCAGGGGGAGGGGCGAGGGGAGGCGCAGGGGGGUAUGGGGAACCGGGUGGUGGGGAUGAUGGGGAGGGGGAGGUGGGGGAGGGGGGAGCGGGGGAGGUGGAGCAGGGGGAAGAGGAAGGGGUGGUGGUGGCGAAUGGGGGUGGGGGCGUGGGUGGGGGGGAAGUGGGGGAGGUGUAUUUGACGCAAUGUCAGCAUAAGGAUGCUGGGGCGGCUCAUUUUGCACAUGGGCUCUGCAGGCCUGCCAUCAUGAGGAGGCUGGGACAGCUCAUUUCACCCAUGGGCUCUGCAGGCCAUGCUAUGACAUGGUACGUGCUGUGGCAUGAAUGUGCUGCGUGUGAGCUGUGCUCUGAUAUGUACCCACCAAGUGUCAUGCCAUCACAUCGCAUCCUCCCAUCCUCCCUUUCCCCUUCCCCCCAGCUGGCACGGACAAGCGGAGGUUUGGUAGGGGGGGCCAACCCGCCUGCAUGGGGGCGGGGGGAGAGGGAGCAGCGCAAAGCAGAGCUGAGGAGGCGGAGGAGCCGCCUCACUGUGUACAGCGUGUUCGGACAGGAGGAAAGGGAGGCGGGGGAGGGGGAGGAGGAAGGGGAGGAGUGGGGAGUUGGAAGGGAAGUCAUGGCCUUUGGGCAGAAGGGGAAGGGCGGAGGUGCGGGGGUGGCGGUGGCAGCAGGGAAAGGGGUGGUUGCUGCGAAAGCGGGAGGGAAGGGAGGGAAGGGGGGGAAGGAGGGGGUGUCGAGGCGAGAAAGAGCAAGGCAGAGAAUUGAGAAGGAUCUAGACGCAGCUCUGCACCGAGCCGAAAUCGCUCCCCUCGUGGUCCACACCCUUCCAGACUCCCUGGGCCCUGCCGAACCAGACACCCUAGGCUCGGCCAGGCCUGACGGCCUAGGUUCGGCAGGCAUAGAUCCGAGCCUGGUGGAUGACCCCGAUCCGGAUUUCUUGGCUAGGGAAGAGGGUGGGAUGGGCGGCGGAGGGAGGUUCGGGGGAAGCGUUGGGGAGAUUGGGGAGGAGGAGCAGGAGGGGGUGGAAGAUGAGGAGGAGGAAGAGGAGGAGGAAGAGGAGGAAGAAGAGGAGGAAGAUACUUUGUCGGAUAUAGAGGAUCACGAGCCCACCCUCCUUCCCCACUGCAUGUGGAUGGGUACCUACCUGCUAGGCCAAGAGGAAUUGAAGCUGAAAACCUUAAUAUGGAGGGAGAUGAACAAGGAGUAUCGGGAGGAGCUGCAGCAGAAGCGACUUGCUUCACAGCCCUCCCUCCCCACUCUCUACCCUGCCUUUCCAUCCCCAUUACAGGUGGACGGGUAUCUCUUAGGAGAGGAGGAGGUGAAGCUGAAGACGCUCAUAUGGACGGAGAUGAACAAGGAGUAUCUAGAGGAGUUGGAGCAGAAGCAGGCGGCACAGCGGGCAGCAGAGGACCAGGUGGCGGCGGUGGCAGCUGCAGCGGCUGCAGCGGCGAGCAAAUGUGGUGCCGGGACGUCGGCCCGUGCUGCUGCUGCCGCCGCAGCUGCUGCUGCAGUGCUGCAAAAGCGGGCAGCAGAGGACCAGGUGGCGGCGGUGGCGGCGGCAGCGGCUGCAGCAGCGGGCAAAUGUGGUGCCGGGACGUCGGCCCGUGCUGCUGCUGCCGCCAUAGCUGCUGCUGCUGUGCUUCAGAAGGUGCCUCUUGGUGGAGGGCUCGAUCGCAAGCGGAGGCGCAAGGACGAGGCAGCACUGGGUCCUGCCCAGUCAGCAGCGGAAGCUGCCAAGAGGGUUCUUGACAAGAAGGUGGGGCUCUUUCCUCUUUCCUCUUUCCUCUUUCCUCUCGACAAGAAGGUGGGCCUUUCUUCUGCUUCUACACUUGCUGCUGCUGCUUCGAUCUCCCGUUCUUUCUUCCUACACCCCUCCAUUCCCUUCCACACCCCUCCAUUCCCUUCCACACCCCUCCAUUCCCUUCCACACCCCUCCAUUCCCUUCCACACCCCUCCAUUCCCUUCCACACCCCUCCAUUCCCUUCCACACCCCUCAAUUCCCUUCCACUCCCCUCCACUCCCUUCCACUCCUCGCUUCUUCCUUCCCACUCCCUUCCACUCCUCGCUUCCAGAAGCAGGGGGGCAUGAUCCUGAUGGAGCAGAAGCAGGCUUGGGUGGAGACGAGCCGUGGGGAGGGGAUGGUGCGCUGGGUGGGUAUGGUGAUGAGUCAGCUGCGUACGGUGCUGAGUCAGCAGGGCAUGUGGAAGGAGACAUGGGGGUGGGGCAUGAUGAUAAUGUGGAGCAUAGGGGAGUGGAUGGGGAGGAGGGUGAUAUGGAUGGUGCUCCUGGGUUACAUAAUGGGGAUGGUGCAGGUGAUGGUGGUGGUGGUGAGGAAGAGGAGGAGGCAGCAGAGGCACAUGCAGCUGCUGAUGGGGAAGAAACGAAGUACCAUGAUGUGAAUGGGGUGCAGUACCAUGUGGAAGCGGGUGAGGAGCACUAUAACGAGGAUGGGGCAGGAGAGGCAGUGUGGGGAGGAGGCGGGGGAGCGGAUCAGCUGUAUGGUGCAGAUGGCAUUGAUCCCGAUGACCAAUACAUGUUUUACUGA